AUGGAAUCAACGGUGUCUACCACUCCCCUUCAUUCAGAUGAACACAGCGACGAAUCCACUCCCUUGCCGCGCAAGUCACGCAGACGCCAAUCAUCUCCAAGUUCAAAAGUUCCAGGACUCCAGGAUGACUUUUAUCUGAAUUUGCUUGAUUGGUCAUCAAAAGAAUUUCUGGCUGUGGCAGUGCAUACUGAUGUUCUCAUAUGGAAACCAAACAUUGGAACAGGAAGCACUCAAUCUGGUGGCAUGGGGACAUCAGAGUCGCCUAGAGACCGCUGCAACUUACCAAAUGAUGACGUCGUGCGGCUAUCAUCUCCUCCUACCAGCUCGCCUUCAACUGGGUCUUCCGUUUCGUCCAUUUCGUGGAAUAACACCCAACCUCUGAGCCACAGCUUGGCCGUUGGCCGUAAAUCUGGAGGAAUUGAGGUUUGGGAUGUUGAAAUGCAGAAAGUCAUUCGAACAUACGGAAAUCAUCAACAUAGAGUUGGAGUGCUGGACUGGUAUGGACACUAUUUAUUAUCAUCUGGAAGCCGCGACAAAUCAAUCAUUCAUCAUGACGUGCGAUCACCUAGAAAUGGAAUAUUCAAAUGGGAGAGGCACGACCAAGAGAUUUGUGGGUUGCGUUGGUGUCCCUCGGCAAUUGGUCUAUCGGAUGGCACACUUGCAUCUGGUGGAAACGAUAAUAAGGUGUUUAUCUGGCAGCUUGGAUAUGAUCAACCAGUAAUGAAAUUGAAAGAGCAUGGAGCAGCGGUAAAAGCUUUGAGUUGGUGUCCUUCGACAUGCGGUGUUUUGGCAACUGGAGGUGGUACCAACGACCAAUGUAUCCGAUUGUGGGAUGUUCGAUGUUCCAAUCAGCCGAAUGAGAUUCAAUCAGGAAAUUCAAGCGCUGGAAUCUCGUAUGGAAAACUUUUAACGACGGUGGAAUCGGGAAGCCAAGUAGGACGAAAAGACAUUUCGAUGUAUUUUUCUUUGCUUUCCAAGGUUUGUAAUCUCUUGUGGUCCAAAUCGACGAAUCAGUUGUUGUCAACGCAUGGCUUUACUCUCAAUCAACUUAUUCUUUGGGACUUUCAUGAUCUGAAGCGUUCAACCCAAUUACAAGAUCAACCUGCUCGAAAUUCUCGUUCUGAUUUCCAACAAGAACACAAUCACCGUGUCUCGCUCGUUAAAGUGCGGCGUUUCAUCUAA